GUUUUCUAUUUUUUAAUCAAUGCAUUUCAGUAAAGAUGUGUGUGUUUUGUCCUGUAUUUUUCACAAUCUUUGCUUGAAAUCAGUCAAUCAAUCAAUUUAUUUAUAAUUAACUCACUAAAGCAGAAGGUUGUUCCUGUAUAUUAUCAUUAUUACACUAUAUGGCCCCUUAUCUAAUCAUAAAAUUCUCUGCAGUACAUUUGUCACUUCACAUUCAAUGUUUUACUUUAAAAUGUUUUAUAAAGAAAGUAACUUAAAAUGAAUGCUUGCAUCACCUUUGAAUGCUGAUAGCAUAAAAAAUAACGACUUUUACAUAACAAGUACUCUGUUACGUAAUACAGUGUGUUAGUAACUUGCACAACACUGUUGUCAGAAUGCAAUAACCAUAUAAACAGGAGGCUCCACCCAAACUACGCCUGAACUCCAUGUUUUUGUUGCUGAGAAAGUCCUGACUUUACAGAGUGAAGUCCUAAGUGCAGCUGUGUGUUCUGUGACAGAUCAGAAUCUGUUGGAAAAGUUUAAAUCAGUCAAGUUUAACUUCAAAGCUUUAAAGCCUGCAGGAUGAGAUCAACUCUUCUAUUUGUUGGUUUUUCCUUUUAUAAACUCGCUAAAAAUACACCCAAAAUUUAAAAAAAAAAAUGAAGGAUGUCCUCAAAAAAAGUUAAACAAAAACUAGGAUUUCUAACAGAGCCUCACAAGUCGCUUUUCUCCUUCAAAAUCUGCUGGAAUUACGUUGAUCGUAUUAACGGUUGAAAAGUAACUGAGUGUUAGAGAUUUUGUAGAUUUGUCACCGACAAUGCCUCAGGAGUUAAAGGGUUAAAAAGUGAUCUGAUAAUCCAUAAAGGACUAAACUGCCAAUUAUUUUUCUUAAAUCACAUCCAAAAACUCUCCAGUAGAUAAGAAUCUUUAAUUAGGAUUCUAAAAGUAUGGCACACACCUUGAUGUUUUCUGUGAUGCAUGAACUGUAAUUGCUUAAUUGCCGCCCACAUGGUGGACCUUUGACCGCGGAGCAGGUGACUGCCUUCUCCGCGGUUCCAGAUUGAACACCUCUCCAGACGUCCAUGACACAAGACACUGUUAAAUAACUCAGCCUUUAGGCUCACCCUUGACCCGCCAAAGUCCCUGCUCGGAGAAGAAGAGGAGGGUCGUAGACAGGCUGAGGGCACGAUAACAGCUAAUCAGUGACAGGUGGAAUCUCUCUUCAGACUCGGACGGUGAACAGAAGAGAGCUGACAUGGCGGCAUACAAGCCCAGGGUAAUUUCUCUGACUAAAAAGCCGAAACAGACCUUCGGCUUCUUUCUGAGGCUGGAGCAAGGUGAGGAGGGUCACCUGAUCCGCUCUCUGGAAAUGGGAGGUCCAGCUGAACUGGCUGGCAUGAAAGAUGGAGACCGCGUCAUCCGAGUCAACGGGACGUUUGUCGACGGGCUGUCCCACUCUGAGGUCGUGGAGCUGGUGAAGAGCAGCGGAACGUCAGUCACAUUCCACAUCAUGGACGAGACGACGUAUAAGCAGGCAAAAGCGAAGGGGGUCAACCUUUCUGAGCCCCAAAACAAAGCAAACGUGGUUGCUAACGGAGUGGCCAAAGGGGAACAGAAGCCUAAACUCUGCUACUUGGUGAAAUCGGCUUCAGGCUUCGAGUUUUCUCUUUUCUCGAGUAACGAUGAGGACGGUCUUUUCAUGACAGAAGUGAGUCCAGGAGGCGUGGCCUACAAGGCAGGCGUCCGAGCCAAAGACCGCCUGCUGGAGGUCAACGGAGAGAACGUAGAAGACUGCACACACGAGCAGGUGGUGGCUAAAAUCAAACAGGCCGGGAACGCCAUUGUGUUUCUGCUAUUCGAUGACAACGCAGACAAAGUCUGCAGGAGCCAAUAUGCUAAAGUGGGAUCGCGGUCAGCCACUGUCAAGCACCUCCCUCACAAACCGCGUAUCGCCAACCUGACGAAAGGACCUGAAGGAUACGGCUUCAUGCUCAGAGAGGAGCCCCAACAAGCAGGACACUUCAUAAAGGACAUAGACAGAGACAGCCCAGCAGGAAGAGCCGCACUGAAAGAAAUGGACCGCUUGGUUGCAGUGGAUGGCAAAGAGGUGGACAAUUGUAGCCAUGAGCAGGUGGUGGACAUGUUCAGGCAAAGUGGUGGUGAGUGCUGCCUCCUUGUGGUGGACAAAGAAACAGACCAAAUGUAUAAACUGGGAAAAGUUUCUCCGAUAAUUUUCUGGGAGGAGAUGAAGGAUUCCAAUUCGCCCCCCAGUUACACAGAGGUCAUGAACACAGCGACGCCGGCCCAACCUGACGAAGAGGAGGAGGAGGACCUGAAGCCCAAGUUUUGUAGGAUGGAGAAGGCUCCUGAUGGCUAUGGCUUUCACUUGAACGGCAUCCAAGGCGUGUUUGGACAGUUCAUCAAAGAGGUGGUGAAGGGAGGAGCGGCUGACCGAGCAGGUCUGGAGGACGAUGACAUGGUGGUGGAGGUCAACGGAGUAAAUGUGGAGACAAGCAGCCACCACGAGGUGGUGGAAAUGAUCCGCAGAAGUGGAAACUCUCUGGAGAUGCUGGUGGCCAGAAAGAGUGUUUAUGAAAAACUCAAAGCCAAAGGAGUAAACAUCACACGCAUGCUGCUUGGGGAGGAACCCAAGAGUCAAGAACCAACCGCAGACAGUCCAGAAACCAGCAAGAAAGAGAUAGAAAGACCAGAGAGUCCAGCUAAACCAGAAAGACAGAGGACUCCAUCGGUUUCAUCAUCUUCAUCUGCAGAGAGCAUUGAUGAGAGACUCUGAGAGCCCCCACACCCCCCGAUCAGCCCACAUCCGAUUCUGCCGUUAGCUCCAAUGUUUGAUCGCAUGUUUAAGAACAUCCAGUUAAAAUCACAACUAUGGACUUCCAACCAACAU